GCUGUCCUAAGAGGUAAAUAAGGGGGUUAAAAUCGAUUCCGGCCGGCUCGAGCCGGUACUCGUUGUACCGCCUGUCCAGUCCGGUACAAUCCAGUGCCACAGACGUGAUCUGUGGCUAUAGGGGAAAGCAAUACCAUUAGAAUGUGCUUUCUUUUUUUCCUGCAGUAUUGCAAUUCUAUGUUAAAUGUAUCUGUGUUAAUAGAACGCUUUUGCAAACGUUGCCAGGCGACAGCUAACGAACAGGCAAAGCCAGAAACUGGAGUAUGUUUUGGAUAUAUAAGUGCACUUCGCGAUUCAGUCUAUGUUUACUUACUACAUUGUUUUUCUACCUCAGAAAAAGAUGAAAUAAAAUGGCAUUUUCAUAAAGCCUCCACAAUCAUUGAUUCAAUUGAGAAACGAAUGGAUGCAGUGCCUGCUUACAAAGAUCUAAUUCCUCUUCUUCAAACUAUUAAGAGCCAUCUUGCUGACUUUGAAAGGACUUCAAAAAUCAACAAAGAAUUUUUAAACAGAUCCUUCUCAGUAAAGCAGGAUCAACCUUCAAACAGAGAAGUCAUCAACCGAAAGGAACCUUCGUCAGAGGUGGAAGGAAUAAAAACUUUUAAGGGGCAUAAAGUGAUUCAGAUAACCGACGAUUUUGAAGGUAGACUAGGAAGUUGGACAGUUCUUAACGCUAUGGAAAAACUUUUAGACCUGAUUCCCUCCAACACCACCACCGCGACAAGAAUCUGUCGCCCAGGCCCCUAUCAUCGGACACGCCGCUCUCACAGGUCAGCGGAGAAGAAGUGUCUCAUCAUGGGUGACUCGAUCAGCAUUGGGUGCGGCGCCAUAUUUGUUGUUUACUAA